ACUUCCGAUCUUGUUUAACUUGUGCGAACCUUGCUAUCAUACCUGACACAGAGAAUCUCUCUUACGUCGUUUGACUUGGACUCGUUAUUUUGAUUUUGUAUGCCGGCGUUUAUUGAAUAAAAACACCAUGGAUCGCUGUGUGAACUGUGGUAUAGCGAAUGGUCGCUGUAAUUUUCUACGUCGACGUGCCUUAGAUGACGAAACUAUACUGUCAGUGAUUCGUCGAUGGCUUGCACCACAACCUGUGAACAGCAGUGAAUAUAUUUGCCAAGCUUGUUGGGACUUGGUUCGCAGACUACCAGUUGAUGCGCCAAGACAAUUUGGCCACCGUAGUGUUUGUGUCAACUGUGGGUGUGCGCUUGCAUCAAAAGUCAGCCAUCUUCUUCACACAGACUCAAUUCGUGAAUUCAAAAUUUAUAGUGUCAUAAAAAAAUGGAUUAAGCCUCAAACUGUAGAAGUGGCAAGUCGGAUAUGUCAUUGUUGUUGGGUUAAGGCAGACAGAGCUGCUGUCUCAGGCCCAUCAACUUUUUCACAAAAAAGCUAUCCUGGAAAAAUACAGUCACAGACACAAGACCUUCCCAUUCAGCAUCCAAAUACAAAAGUUAAACCUGAACCUGCUAUUGUAUUACCAGACUACAUGAGAGCUAUGGAAAUACAAAGCAAUAUUAAAAAGUUGGUUGCCGAGUUAAGUCGAGAUUUCGACGUGACUGUGGAUAAAGAAAAAAGUGCUUCUCUCAUUAAAGAAGAUUCUAUUCACCUAUCAUCUGAAGAAGAGGAAACACCAUUUUCUUGGCAGAAAACCACGUGCAUUCCAUAUGAUACGGAUGAGGUGGGAGCAAGCGAAAACGACAUCCAUCUGUACGACUCUUCACCGCAGGAAUUUGAGGCUGCACAGUUAAAACAUACAGAAAGGCCAAGUAGUGGAGUAUUAGAGGAGUUAAAAUGCAAUCUCUGCGAACGGACCAUAACAGGGCCAUUCCGGUACUCGUGCGUGCAAUGCUACGACUUCGACCUGUGCGGUGCGUGUGAAGCACGAGGAGCCCAUCACAUGCACUACGUGCUCAGAGCGCCGGGACAUAAGACCAUUAGCGAGGUGCAGUCUUUGAUUCGAGCGAUUCGCCAGGCGUUGACCGCAGCAGAGCCCAUAGCACCAAUCUCUGUGGACUCGGACGAACUAAAGACGGAGAUCAAAGAAGAGGCAGGGGAGAGAUUGGUGCCUGUGAACGAUGACGACGAUCCUCUCUCGUUGAACGUCAAACCUGAGGAGACAACGGACGAUGAAUCCACUGACUCUUAUUCUACGCUAUCUGUCAAUGAAGAAGAACCUUUUCCAAAGAGACCUGCAUUAUCUCCAAAAAAUGUUAGUCACUCUACGCCAUCUAUUAGUGAAGAACCUUCUCCGAAGAGACAUGCAUUUUCUACAAAAAAUGUUAGUCACUCUACGCCAACUAUCAGUGAAAAACCUUGUCCGAAGAGACCUGCAUUAUCUCCAAAAAAUGUUAGUCACUCUACGCCAUCUAUCAGUGAAGAACCUUCUCCGAAGAGACGUGCAUUAUCUCCAAAAAAUGUUAGUCACAAAACAAAGCAAACAAUAACACCUUCUGCAUCUACAAGCAAAAUUACACAAGGAGUAGCAGCUUGUACAAAUAAUCCACCUGUACUUCAAUUAAAACCUAUAGACAACCUUAGAAUAAAUGUACCUAUCUCUGCAAAACCUCCCAUAAUAACUUUACACCAAAGAAUGAAUAAUUUCUCAUCAAAGGGAAGGCCGUUAAUACUACGCCAAAUUAAAACUUACCCAGGCAAAAAGCAAUAUUCCCCAUUAAUCGGUAGUCACGUAAAUGUGUCUGGUAAACCACCCCACUUGGGAGAAAGGCCAGUGGUUUCGCAGCCGGGAACAGUUGGGUCACAAAUGCUAGGGAACAUUUUUAAGAAAUAAAUGACCUUGAAUCAUUUCAUUGCUACGUAAAGCGUGAAAAUGAAAUUAAGUGGACCUACUUUUUAUGAACAAAAUUUGUUAAUUGCAAGACUUGUUUUAGCU